AUGAGUCUCCCUCCGCCGCACGGUUACGCGGACCAAUACCAACACCCGUCGCACGCGCAACAUCCCCAGCAUCCUCAGCAUCCUCAGCAUCCCCAGCACUCUCAGCACCCGUCGCAUACUCAGCAUCCGUCGCAUCCGCAGCACCCUCAGCAUGCCUCGCAACACUCACAGCACUCUCAACAUGGCCAACAUUCGCAGCAUGCCCCACUACCAACGUCGCUCCCUCCUGUUGACCCGGGCCGUUCGUCGCCCACGCCCGCCUUGGAACCACCAAAGCCCACGCCAGAACAGGAGGCGGCCACGCGGAAAGCUCUUGAGCCCACGGUUGGCAGCGAGGGAACCCGUGAAAUCGAGCACACAAUGUUUGUGCUGAAUGUCGAUUUGUGGUCAGAAGAUGCACUCAAGGAGGUCAACCUGGUGCGACAUACGACCACCACGCCUUCCAUUUCAUCUACGACCCCUGCCUCGUACGAGCAGGUGGAGAACACCCCAACCUACUCGCCAUUAAUACAGUCCGACUCGCGUGGAUCGGGCUAUGGAUCGAGCAUGUAUGGCCAGUCGAGCGCGAAUCCGUACGGUCAGCAGUUGGCGUACUCUCAAGUCGCUCCUCCGUACAUGCACCAAUCCAAUGGCUACGGCCAGUCGGGCCAAUACGGCGGCUAUCACGGAGGCGAUUAUGGCAUGCAACUCUCUUCGCAGGCUCCGGGUUACGGCCCUCCGCGAGUCUUCGGUGGACCCGGUGACAUGAUGACGCAGCGCCUGAUCCAGGGCAACCAGCCGCAGGGCAUGUUCACCCGGAAUUUAAUCGGCAGCUUGGCCGCUAGUGCGUUCCGGCUCCAGGACCCUGCCGACAAGAUUGGCAUCUGGUUUGUCCUCCAGGAUCUUAGUGUUCGUACUGAGGGCAACUUCCGCCUGCGCUUUUCGUUUGUUAACGUCGGACCACUGGGCGGAUCUCCCACUGGAACACCUGGUGGUCAACAUGUCAACAUCGGCAAGGCGCCUGUCCUGGCAUCUUGCUUCAGUGACGUAUUCACGGUCUACUCCGCCAAGAAGUUCCCGGGCGUGUGCGAGAGCACGGUGCUGAGCAAGACGUUUGCGACACAAGGAAUCAAGAUCCCCAUCCGGAAAGAAGGCAUCGGCAAGAACGGCCGCGGCGAUGACGACGACGACUACGAGUGA